CAGUGCUGCGCAUGCGCACUCAGACUGCUGCAGGUUGUGGCUACGUUUUGUUUAGCAGGGAUGAGUCACUUGUCCUGUUCAGAUCAGGAAAACCCGGACACUAAUGGAGGGGAGCUGGGGGAUGCAAUCGCCCUCAUGGUGGACCUGCCUCACUCACAAGUCAACAGACCAUUUCAAACCCAUCGUUACUCUGAGUCUGAGAGUCAUCAGGAGGACCAAAGUUCAUCGACGGAGAGUGUCUCCAGACACCAAAAAAUUAAAGGCAAGGUGCCGAUCUGCACGGUGCUGUUCUGUACUGUCCUGACCAACAUCCUGGUCCUGUUCUGUGUGCUCUUCACUCUAACGGCCUUAUUCGGCUUUAUGAACCCCUUGCAGGAGCAGGUGCGAGAGCUGGGCAUUCAGUUCAAGUGGAUGAGGGAGUCCGGCUGCUAUGGAGGCAUGACCUUUGGCCUGACCUUUACGGUCAUUUCGCUGCUGUUUGCGACCACUGGUUACAAACAACCCAAUCGGAUGUCACUGAAGUUCCUCUGGGCAGCCUUUGUGUUCCAGGUGGUUGGGGCGGUGCUCUAUGUGGUAGCUGUGGGCCUCUACCUUCAUUUUGUGAUAUAUAUCAGUUCAACUGAUGUGUGCAAAAAUCUUGAGAGAAUUUCUACACAAAAUGGCCCAGCAAGGAUAAACUGCAACGUAGGCGGGGCAGACAUUGCAUCUUCUGUGUUUGGUCUGAUCACAGCCAUCCUGUACAUCACUGGUGCAGUGUUUACCUUCCAGAUGAUCCGAAGAGUGUCUCACUUCGACUUGCCAAGGUCAUGUCAAAGCUCCCUUACUCCCUUGCCUGGCAGUCAGCAGGAGAUCCAAGACUCAUCCUCUAAAUACUCCAAUUUUCGCUCCUUUACAGGUAUCAUUCUGAUGUCUAAUUUAAUUACCAACCUCCUGAUCCUGGGCUUCGUGAUCUCAGCUCAGGGGAACAUAUCUGGCCUUGACUCUUUGGAAGGGUUUGGGACUUCGAACAUCAACAUCCGCUUCAACCUGCAAGACGCCGAGCUGGGGCUAUUCCGAGAACUGGACAUCCAGUUCAGGCAGAUGAGAGCGCCGGUGUUCUACGGAGUCGGAGCCUUAAGCCUAAUCUUUGGGAUCAUUUCGUUGCUGCUGUAUGUAAUCAUUAGGAUAAACCCACCCAGUAAGAUGCCACAGAAGUUCCUGUGGGGAGCAUUUGUGUUUUAUGUGGUGGGGGUGGUGGUCUAUGUGGUAGCUGUUGGCCUCUACCUUCAUAUUGUGAUAGAUGUCAGCUCCUCAGAUGUGUGUUAUCACCUGGAGAAGCUUUAUUUGCGAAAUGGCUACACUUGGAUAAACUGCAACUUGAACAAGAAAGACACUUUUGCAGCCGUGUUUGGCAUGAUGACAGCCAUCCUGUACACCGCCGGAGCAGUCUUUACCUUCUGGACCAUCAGAAGAGUGGGUCCCUCCAUUUUGCAAAGGUCAUCUCAAACCGAUCUUACCUCCCAGUCAAGGAGUUUGGGUGAGGUCCAAGACAGAUCAAAGCAGAGGGUUAAAGGGUUGUUUUUGUUCUGUCCUGUCUUGAUCAACUUUGCGCUCCUGGUCUCUGUGGUCUCACAUCCGAUGAACUUGUCCCGCUCGCCCCCAAUGGGAAAGUUUGGCGCUUCUAACAUCAACAUCAGCUUCAACCUGCAAGGCACUGAUCUGGAGCAAGUCCAAGAACUGGACAUGCAGUUCAGGCAAAUGAGGGCGCCUGCAUUCUUUGGAGGCGUAGCCUUAAGCCUAAUCUUUGGGGUCAUUUCAGUGUUCUUUAUGGUCACUUUGUGCAAAUCACCUCACCUGAAGUUCCUGUGGGGAGCAUUUGUCUUCCAUGUGGUGGGAGCAGUGGUCUAUUUUGUUGCUUUGGGCCUCUACCUUUAUUUUGUGAUAUAUGUCAACUCCACAGAUGUGUGUUGUUACCUCGAGAAUGUUUAUUCACAAAAUGGCUACACUUGGAUAGAUUGCAGUUUCAGUAUUUCAGACAUUACUGUGACGGUGUUUGUCAUAUUCAUGGCCAUUGUCUACACCGCUGGUGCAGGAUUUUUCUUCUGGACCAUCAGAGAGCAAAGGAGUUUGCAAGUCCAGGGCACAUCAUCACAGGAGAUCCAAGGCACAUCAUCACAGGAGGUCCAGAGCACAUCAUCACAGGAGGUUCUAGAAAGUGCCCAAGACAUUUUAAUCAAAGGCAUUGUGCUGAUCAUGGCUGUCCUGCUCAACUUUUUGCUCCUGGUCACCUUGAUCUUUGAUCCGAUGAACUUGCCCUCCUCAUCUCCAAUGGGAAGAUUUGGCACUUCUAAAAUCAACAUCAGCUUCAACCUGCAAGGCACUGAUCUGGAGCAAGUCCAAGAACUGGACAUGCAGUUCAGGCAAAUGAGGGCGCCGGCGUUCUUUGGAGGCGUAGCCUUGAGCCUGACCUUUGGGGUCAUUUCACUGUACUUUGUUUUCACUGAAUGCAAACCGUCUCAUCAGAUGUCAGAGAAGUUCCUGUGCGGAGAAUUUGUCUUCCAUGUGGUGGGGGCGGUGGUCUACUUUGUUGCUAUGGGCCUCUACCUUUAUAUAGUGACAGACAUCAACUCCACAGAAGUGUGUUAUCACCUCGAGAAGGUUUAUUUGCGAAAUGACUUCACCUGGAUGACCUGCUUCUUAAGUCUAUCAGAUUUUCUUGUGUUCAAUUUCGGCCUGUACACAGCAAUCAUGAAUGCCAUAAGUGCAGUUUUUAUCUUUAAGCUUAACAGAAAAGUGGCUCGCUUCCUGCAAAAUAAAAAGAAGAGAGAGGACAAAAAGACGAGCCACCCAUCUCCACAAACCUCAUUGCCUUUGGCUGAAACCACCUCUGUGUAAAACGUGUCUAAAACUGCUUGUUUUUUUUUAGUCUAAAGUGAGGACACAGGAUACCCCCAUCAACAGUUUAGACAGAUAAGAAGUUAAUAGACACUGGAGGCACACAGAAGAAGCGUGAAAAUGAAAGAACAUCUAACAAAGAGAAUUUGAACAGAAAUAUGAAACUAAACUCAAACUAAAAACAGGAAUUAUUUAAUCAGUUUAUCUAUAUUCUAACAAGUAUCUUUGAAGGUGUCUGAAAAGUAUUUUGUGAAUUUCUCUUCAGAAAAAGAACAAAAAGUGCUGAGUCUAUUAUAAAAUGUCAUUGUCCUUCUGUUUGCAUUGACAAAAUUUUGUUAUUUUUACUUGACUUUAGAUUACUUGUCAGCUCAAAUUAAAUGUUUGGUUGAUUGGUU